CCGGUAUUUAUCAAGAUGAUCACUUCUCAUAUCAGUUCUCAACGGGAUACUCACUGGUUAAGAACGAUGCUUCAAACCAUUAUCACUUUAACAGUUAUUUUAUUGCCAUUUUCUUCCAGCCAUAACAUUCCCCCUUGGAAUGGAUGCUAUGCUGUUGGAUGUUCAACGCAGCAAGGCUGCACGCCGUGGAAUUUCUAUCGGUACCCGUGCUAUCGUACCUGUUACUACAACCGCUACUGUCCACCACCAUCUCCUCCAAGUAAGAAAUGUUACAAAAUAACUCAUGUGGCCACCGGGAAGUCUAUGACGUCCAGUGAAGUGUUCAAUGCCACCACCAAAGCAAAAUAUGCAACAGUUUCGAGCAAUCCACCGGCCAACUUCCUGUGGACCAUGGAACCCUCAUACGGAGGAGUGAAUUACAUACAGAAUGCCAACACGCUGGAAUUCCUGAAGGCAGAUUCCAACGGCACGCGCUUAGCCCUCAAUGAAACUCUCGAUCGUUCUUUCCAAUUUCGUCCGAUCCAAACCAAAGAAGGAGCAUCGAAGUUACAGCUUCAGUCGGUGUUCAACAACGGUUUCCUUUUUGUCCAAACACUGGGACAAGGAGGAAGCACUGUCCAAAUCACAACCGACCCAUUCACUAACUAUUACCAAACCAUCUGGUGUAUAACAGAACUUUAUUGCUGAAAUAGACUUACGUUAUUAUAUCAAUCACAA